CCUGGCCACACUGACACUUGUUGACACGGUCCCACUAAUAUGCUGUAAAAUUAUUAUUUAUUUUCCAAUAACUUCGAAACGAAAGCGACCAGACUGCCGUGUUUGGACUGACUCCAGCCCCCCGUAAUUGUCACUCGAUCUUCCCCGGAAAAGCAAACGAAUCAACAUGGUGGUUGGAUUUCUGGUGCGCGGCGGUCUGCUGGCUGGAACCGUCUACUACACCCGCCAGGUGGGCAUCUGGGGCGACACGGACCAGACGGACAAGCUGUACAACCAGAUCAAGUCGGAUCUGUGCCCCUACGUCCAGAAGGCCAAGAAACAGCUGCCCUUCGAUGUGCCGCAGCUGCCGCGGACCGGCGAGAUGCGGUUCCUGGCCAAGCACUACUACAACGAGGGCGUGAAGAACACCUUCCGCUUCAUCCACAUGCUGCCCUGCUACGCGGGACGCGGCCUCAAGAAGGUCAAGGACACGUUCGAGGACUUUGCCCAGUCCCCGGCGAUCACUGGCGGCAGCCAGGAAGCCAGUCCGGCAAAGUAGUCCCAGCCAGCUGGCCACUUUGCUCUUCAAUGGGAGGCUGUUUUCGUGUUAGCUUAUAGUUAGCCUAUUGAAUAAUGUCUGUGUAAUAUUUACCCGAUCCGCGCUCCUGCGGUUCUGCGACUUGAGCUCCUCUGAGACGCAUCGAACUGGAUAUCUUCCAGUUUAUAAGCAAAAUAAAAGUAAUUACGUGUUAAGCGGUAAGAUCGCCCUGGAAA